AUGACGUUUCGAUCUGCAGCAGCUCCUGCAGCCGGCAGCUUGAAGGCGUUGCCGGCAAAAAGCGUUCAAGACUUCCUCGCUGCAGUUCAGGAAUGUAAAGUUCAGCAAGCUCAAGAACUUUUUCACCAGGUUCGAACAGCGGUGGGGGCGAGGGCCAAAUCGAAGGAAGUCUUUGGCGGUCUGCGCGCUCUCUUGCACUAUCUGCUUGAGACGUAUGCAAAUCUCGACAAGUUGGACCAGGCAGUGGGUCUUCUGGAAGAGUUGCGGCACACUGAGGUCAAGCUGGUCAGUGCCGGCGCCUUCAACGCAAUGCUGCGCGGGCUCGUCUCCCGUAGCUCCUUUGAGAAGGCUCGAUGGCUUGUCCGUAACGAGAUGCCUCGCUUUGGCCACAACCCAAACGAGGGUUCCUUGAACAUGCUCAUGGAUUCUGCAGCUCGAUCGGGACCGCGUUAUCUCGACGAGGCGUUUGACAUUCUAGAGGAAAUGCAGCUUCAAGACAUGAGUGCAGACAAGUACACUGUCUCAAUCUUGACAAAGCAUUUGUCGGACAGAAUCUCUGAUAAACGGCGUGUGCCGCGGGGGGUGAUGAUGGUGGAGCGCUUCUUGCAGAUGCAGCCGGAGGACGUGGACGAGGUCCUCGUCAACUCCCUCUUAGACGUCUUCUGCAAGCUGGGCGACAUGUCUCGCCUCGAGGAGACGCUGGCCCUGAUGAAGCGGUAUGGAAUCAAGGGCUCCGCUGUUACAUAUGGGACCAUUGUGAAGGCAUACGGACAUGCAGGCAACAUCGACCGAGUAGUGGAGGCUUGGGCCGAGAUGCAUCGGGAAGGUCUGGAAGCCAAUGCGGUGACCUACGGAUGCAUGCUCGAUGCUUGUGUCAAAUGCGGUCACCUGGACAAGGCGCUGCAGACUUUUGAGAUCAUGAAGCAGAGGGGCCUCCACAGGAACACGAUUCUCUAUGCCACUCUUAUCAAGGGCUUCGCGAAGACAAAGGAUCCAUCUGCGGCAAUGAACUUGUAUCGAGAGAUGUGCUCCGAGCAGGUACCGUGCAAUGUGGUUGUCUUCAACAGCUUGAUCGAUGCCUGCGUCCGUGCCUGCGACUUGCAGGGUGCAGCCGAGGUUCUUCAGGAAAUGACUGCCACGAAUGUGCAGCCUGAUCUGAUUACGUUCAGCACACUGAUCAAAGGAUAUUGCAGCAGUGGUGACUUGCCAAAGGCCAUGCGGCUUCAAGAAGAACUCCAAGCUCGCCAUUUGGAGUGUGACGAGAUUGUGUACAACUCGCUUCUCGAAGGCUGCGUGAAGGCUGGCGAUCUCCAACUCGGCCUGCGCAUGUUCGCGGAAAUGCGGCACAAGCAUGUCCGGCCGAGUGCUGUGACCUUCUCGAUUCUGGUCAAGCUUCUCUCGCAUGCUGGACGUCUUGACUUGGCCGUGCAUCUGGUGGCAAAGGAGAUGCGCCAGAUUCACGGUGUGCAGCCGACACGGAUGGUUUGGUCCUGCCUCAUAACUUCCUGCUUGAAGUCGCGAGAUCUGAACAGAGCUGUCAUGGCCCUGGAGUUGUUGGACAGUGACGCUGUGACACUGGGGACCGGCGGCAGGGCGUCCAUGUACGGCGCCGUCCUCGAGGCCUCCCUUGCUCGUGGAGAGGUGGGGACCGCCCUUCAGUUGAUUGACUUUGCCUUCAACCGUGCUCACGCAGAAGAGGCAUGCUCCGCAUUGUCUGUAGAUCUUCUGCGGCGUGUCUUCGAGACUGCGGGCAUGCGAGGGUUAGAGGCGGACGCGCAGCAGGUUCUCAUUGCGAUUGCGCAUCACAUCGAGAGCAAUGUUCAGACCAUGUUGAGAUCUGCACUGGAGACGGCAUCCCGGCAAAGGCCACGACAAGGUGAUGACGAAACAGGCGGGUUUGCCCGAUCGGUUCUGGAUGAUAGCCUCGUCUGGUCGCAGUGGGAGCCAUCUUAUCCAUCGGCGCCGUUUAUGCAGGAGCCGAUGCCGCCGAUGCCCAGGUGCGAGGCCUGGGAUCCCUACGCCUGGCAGGAUUCGUCGUACUCUAACUUCUUUCAUCCUCCAUCCGCCUGGUCUGAUGUGACGCGAUCAUACCCUUGGUCGCAGCAUCCGGUCUGGAACGCAACUGGUUGGGGAUCUGGCAGAGGUUCCGACCUUCUAGAAUCAGUCCUGAACAUCCCCAGGGAGGCAUUGGUGGGAGAAUCGUCUGAUUUCGAGGAUCCUCUGACGCCGGCGCUGUGCCAUGCAAAGGCCGUCGAAGAUGAGUUCACGCCCGUGACGACAGCUGGCAAGUCAUCGGCGUGUGGGAGCUCAUUUGAGGAGGGAUACGGAGACGACGUGAUUCUGCAGAAAGUCCUCUUCAGCGAGAGUUCCUCCCUCAGGCGUUACGGUUUCCAGGUCUCGGUGCUCAUGGGUUGCCAGUUCCUGCUCAGGUUAGUGCAUUGUAUAGCGUGGCUGUUGACCUUGGUGCUUUCCGCAGUGAGCAUCAUGUUCAUCGGCUACCAGCUGUAUGCACUGUAUCUACCGUAUUGCCGCGCCAAGCUUCUUGGUGACAGUUCGUACAGAUUCCCGGAGUACUUUUACAGGGUCUGGGGUAAUGAUGCCACGGAUCUCACUUCGGAGCACUGGGGCUACCUCGGCGCCUGUGCUACCGUGACGUUCCUGAGUGUCAGGAUUUUCGGCGAGCUUGUCGGCACAGCCGCGGCCAUUUGCAUGCCGCGUGCCGCGGACCUAGCGCGCGAGCUCUCUUCGGCGCUCCUGGAGACGUCUUGGCGGGCUGCCCACGGCAAGAGCCACGCUGCGGCACAGGAGCCAGAAGGGCUGAGCCACAUCCAGCUGCGUAAUGCACUACUGCACUUACACCGGGGACGCAUCUUAAGCACCGGCGUGCUCCGCUUUGUGAACACCAUGGUGCAAUUCUUGCCUGCAUUGUUUUUGGGACCUCUACUCCGAGCAGUACAGCAAGGAAACUUUAUAGCUGGAAGGAACUCUGCCCUGGCCCUUUUCGCGGUCUUGUGCCUGAAGACGGUGAUUGAAAACCAGUUUUUUCAUCAGACAACCGUAAUGGCCACUCGAGUUCGAGCAAUGUUGCAGGCUUCGAUUUACGAGAAGAGCUUGCGCUUACAUGAGGCUGUUGCUGCCGUGCCUCCCGUCACACUCAUGCAGGUAGACACAGGGAAGGUGGAGGAGCUGACGUAUUCGCUGCACACUCUGUGGGAUGGCAUUUUUCAGGUGGUUGGCUACUCGGUGCUGUUGUGGUGGUAUCUUGGUUUGGCUGGUUUUGCUGGCAUAGUGAUUCUCGUCGUAUUCAUGCCUUUCAAUGCCAGUCUUCAGCGUCAACUUAGUGGCCUGAAUAAGUCCUGCCUACAAACGACAGAUUCCCGAGUCUCAAAGACGGCGGAGAUCCUGAACGGCAUUCGGGCUUUGCGCCAAAUGGGCUGGGAGGACGUCUUCGAGCGAAUCAUCCGCCGGCUCCGUGACUCCGAAUUAACGGCCCAACGGAAAAGGGAUACCGUGGGCGCCUAUCUGCUGUCCUACUUCAGCGCACUUCCCCCCUUUAUGAUCGCGGUCGUGUUGCUGGCAUAUGUGGCAGGCCAAAGGGCCAGCUUCAAUGCGGCCAUGAUCUUCACGGCAUUGUCACUGCUGAACCAGAUCCGCUUCCCAUUGCUUUUUUACCCCAGUGCCUUGAAUGCUUUGGCAGAGGGCCAGGCGGCUUUGAAGCGAAUCUUCGGCUUCCUUUGCUUGGAAGAGGCUGCCGCGCCACGGCCGCCCAUGUCGGAGGAUGCCCAGCUACCACUGCUGCUGGUCCCGGGCAGCUAUCGCAUUGGAAAGGAUCACGCGGCAGGCCACGAGGGCCACAGUGCCCCGACACUCGUCGUCUCCGAGCACUUGAGCGUCGCACACGGCGAGCUGGUGGGCGUCCUCGGUCCCGUCGGCUCCGGCAAGUCUACCCUGUUGCGAGCCUUCCUUGGGGAGCUGCCCGGCACCUCCUUGCCCGCGCCGCCGCAGAAUGUAGCUUACUGUUCUCAACAGCCGUGGAUUCCAGAAGGGCGAACUCUCCUGGAAGUGGUGGCUGGAGUGUGGAUGGAUGAGACGGCGCCUUUCGUCCCUGACGUGGACUAUGGUGCAUUCUCCAGAGCCUUGUCCGCAGCUGCUGUCGACUUUGCCGAGAUGAACGAUGAGGUCAGUGCGACAUCCUUGAGUGGCGGGCAGCAAGCUCGCUUGGCUCUUGCCAGGGCGAUGUACCAAGCAGAAACUGGCAGCGUCUGUGCUUGCGUGCUGGACGAUGUGACGGCGGCGUUGGAUCCGCAAGUCACCCUUCAAGUGAUUAACAACUGUCUGAAUGGUCCAUUGCAGGACAUGGCCACGCUGCUAGUUUCCAGUGACCCCGGACCGUGGCUGCAGCGCUGCGACCGAAUUAUCGUCAUGUCGCCCAGCUCGGAUACUGGGUCCUUUCAGCUGCAAGUUGACUUCGCAGGCAGCUACGCUGCUUUGGCUGAGUCAGGCAGGCUGGAGCUAUCCUUGCCACAAGCACAGCCAGAGCCCACGGUCGCCGUCACUGAAGAGGCAGAAGUCAGUGAGCCCAAGAAAAGCUUUGAGGACCCGAUGGAGGUCUCGGAAGAGGGCUCUGAGGGCACAGAAGAAAAGCCGAAGAGCAAACAGAUCACUGAGGAGGAGGCAAGGGCCUCUGGUGCAGUGCCUUUGAAACUCUAUGCUCGCUACUUUCAAAGUGCCCGAAGCCCGCUCCUCCUGGGCCUCGCAGUUGUGGCGGUGAUUGCAAGCUAUGGGGCGACAGCUGCCCAGCAAUGGUGGAUCGGGUUGUGGACGGCCGAUGCUACCAUGAAGCGGGGCUUGGGCUACUACAUGCUGGGUGUGAUCUUCUGGGGCUUGCUGGCCUCUGGCUUGACCUUUGGGCGGUCUUUGCUUAUAGCAGCAUUUUCCCGAAGGGCCUCACGAGCAGUUCAUGAUGAUCUCUGUGAGAAGGUCUUGGUGAGGGCGUCAACUUCCCACUUUGACCGCAAUCCCUCCAGCCGUUUGCUGCAAAAUUUUUCGAAAGAUCUGGAGCAGAUCGACAACAGCCUCCCUAACAGUCUGCGGUCAGCAGUGUCCAGCGUGACGACGCUUGCUGGAGCUGCAGUCACGAUUGUCUUGGCGACCCCGAGCUUCGCAGUGAUCAUGCUGCCCCUGCUCUGGUUGUACACACGUUCCCUGCAAUACUACCGUCCUGUCGCUCGAGAACUCAAGCGCCUUGAGCCUUUGGCGAGGUCCCCGGUCUACGCGGAGCAAGCAGCCGCCGCUUCGGGGGUGAUCACGAUCCGCAAGCUGGGCCUCGGCAAUGUGAUGGCAGCGCGUGCCUUGCGCGCCAUCGACUCGAACACAGCCGUGUCCUUUGCUGCCAAGGCGGUGGAUCGAUGGUUUUCCCUUCGGAUGGAACUGCUCGGGAACAUCAUCGUCUUGGCAGCUGCGCUUCUAAGUUUGUGGACUGGGGCCAAUGCUGGUGCCUGGGCGGCGGCUCGGGCAGCCAUCGCUGUAACUCAGGCACUGUCCGUUUGUGGCUUGCUGAAUUGGACGGUGCGGACCAUUGCCCAGACUGAGACCAGCUUUACGUCCUUUCAGCGUAUUUCUGACUCACUCUCUGCAACAGAGCUUGAAGCCUCUCGUGAGCUGCCUGCUGAUGCGGAACUUCCAAGCGCCUGGCCCGUCAGCGGAAGCAUUUCCUUCGAGGAUGUGUCCUUCAGCUAUCGCAAGCACUUGCCGCCUGUUCUGCGGGGCCUCUCCCUUGACCUAGCCGCAGGCAAGCGCAUUGGGGUAGUUGGGAGAACGGGCAGUGGGAAGUCCACAUUGCUGCGACUGCUGCUGCGUACGGUGGAAGUCUCAGAGGGAUCCGUGAAAGUGGAUGGUGUGGACCUCCGCCAAGUUGGGCUGGCCCGCCUCAGGUCCUCUGUGACUGCCAUCCCCCAGGACAACUUCUUGGUGACGGGCACGGUUCGCGAGAACGUAGAUCCUCGAGGUAGCUACAGCGACGAGGAAGUCCGGCAUGCACUGCAGGCGGCCUCGCUUGGUAACUGGGAUUUGGAGCGUCGAGUCUCUGCUUCCGGCGGAAUCUCGCCUGGAGAGAAGCAACUGAUCGGAGUAGCACGAGCCGUCCUCCGGAAGUCGAGGAUUGUGGCUCUGGACGAGGUCACCUCGCGAGUAGAUAAGGGCACAGAUGAGAAGGUGCAGUCAGCACUCAAGCGGCUGCCGGAAGGAACAACCUUACUGGUGGUCUCGCACAGACUCGCCACCUUGCAGGACUACGACACUGUCGUGGUACUCGGUGACGGUCAUGUGGUUGAGAUAGGCAAUCCGAAGGAUUUGGAAAGCAAUCCAGAAUCUCAGUUUGCGAGCAUGCUCGCAGCCGAGCAGAGCGGAGAGUACGUGGUGCCAUUUCAUCCGUUCGGGACGAACAGUGAACAUGCAAAGGCCAUGCCGGAAGAGGAAGUUUCCGCAGCAGAAGAAAAGAUGGAGGAUGCAGGGCAGGUUACACAGUUCGCUGUGGACAGAGGCCGGGCAGAUGGGUUGGUCGCGCGGAAGCGGUCCGCGGAUCUCGCGUACUCCUCUGCAGACUUGAUCCCUCCCGCCUUCCUUCGUGUUGAGUCGGUCCCGGAGGAAGACGAAUUCUGUCCUGUGCCUCCCUCCUUUGUUCGGCACCGCGAUCUGUCUGCCGACUAUCAGUAUUCUCAGGCUCGUGACGAUUGGCCCUUGAAGGCCGCCUCAGCUCCCAGCGAGGAGAAGAGACUUCUGGACGGUUUGGCUGGGGCGAAGACUUGCGGAGGCAAAGAACAGUACAGGGCGCCCAGGGCGGCCACUUCUCCGAGCUUCGAACACCGGCUGCUCAGGUUGAUUGAGAUCUUCAGGCUGCAGAGCCCUGCAUUGUCGACUUUGCUCUAUGGACAUAUUGUGGCCACCUGCCUUAGUGCCACUGGGGCCUUCCCCUUGCCUCCGUCGACAAUCUUCCUCUUCCGAUGCAACGCUUCUUGCUGCGAUCUCACGGACGGCCGGAUAUACUCCCGUCGCCCCAACAUUCAGCCUCGGCCGUCCUAG